CACCGUUUUCCAAAGAAGUGCGAUCGAAUGGGUAAAAAUGAGGCAGCACAUUUUUGGCGCCCUAAACCCUAAAAAAAAAAAAUAACGAAAAAUCAAACCAAAUAAAAAAAACAGAAUCCACCAACAACAACCCUCUUUCAAUUCAACUUCAACUUCGUGAAUACCUAUGAUAUUGAUUAUAGUAUUUUCUUGCAGAUCUACGAACCUCUUUACUUAAUCUUUCUAAGGUUGAGGUUAAUAUCCACACACACUUUCAAUUGAAACUGCCCCAAUUUUGAAUUAUUUCUGAAGAAGAUAAAAAAAAAAAAAAUGUUUUGGUUGAGACCCAUUUUGCGUUCACAUUCACGAUCUUCUUCUCUUUGGGUGCUGCACCAUUCUUCUAAUGGUUAUUGCAGUUCCUUUUCAACUUCCUCAGCAGCUGCAAUUCAUGCUGAGAAAACCAUUAACCAAGGACCCAGAAAUGAUUGGACUAAAGAUGAAGUCAAAUCCAUCUAUGACUCUCCCAUUCUCGAUCUUCUAUUCCAUGGGGCUCAGGUUCAUAGACAUGCUCAUAACUUUAGGGAAGUGCAACAGUGUACUCUUCUAUCUGUUAAAACAGGUGGAUGUAGUGAGGAUUGUUCUUAUUGCCCUCAGUCAUCUAGAUAUGAUACAGGACUCAAAGGUCAAAGACUUUUGAACAAGGAUGCUGUUCUCCAAGCUGCAACGAAGGCAAAAGAGGCUGGAAGUACUCGCUUUUGUAUGGGUGCUGCAUGGAGGGAUACAAUAGGAAGAAAGACCAACUUCAAUCAGAUACUUGAAUAUGUAAAAGAAAUAAAGGGUAUGGGUAUGGAGGUGUGUUGCACACUUGGCAUGCUGGAUAAAGAUCAAGCCGGUGAACUCAAGAAGGCGGGUCUUACUGCCUAUAAUCACAAUCUCGACACUUCAAGAGAAUACUAUCCAAACAUCAUCACAACAAGGACUUAUGAUGAACGCCUACAAACCCUCGAGUUUGUUCGUGAUGCAGGGAUUAAUGUUUGUUCUGGAGGAAUUAUCGGGCUUGGGGAAGCAGAGGAGGACCGUAUAGGUUUGUUACAUACAUUAUCAACCCUUCCCUCACAUCCAGAGAGUGUUCCUAUUAAUGCACUUGUUGCUGUAAAAGGAACCCCUCUUGAGGAUCAGAAGCCUGUUGAAAUAUGGGAGAUGAUUCGCAUGAUUGCAACUGCGCGUAUCACAAUGCCAAAGGCAAUGGUGAGGUUAUCGGCCGGUAGAGUUCGGUUCUCGAUGCCUGAGCAGGCACUGUGUUUUCUAGCUGGUGCCAAUUCUAUCUUUGCUGGUGAAAAACUUCUCACAACUGCUAACAAUGAUUUUGAUGCUGAUCAACUAAUGUUUAAAGUUCUUGGUCUGCUUCCAAAAGCUCCAAGCUUAAAUGAAGAUGAGGCAGAGGACUUUAAAGAAGCAGCUUCUUCUAGUUGAGAUUUAUGUUAACAUCUGCAAUCCUUCAACUUGGAUCCUCAAUUCUACUCUUUUCUCCCUUUAUUCAGAUACACUGUAUGUUAGGUAUCACUGAAUUUGCCUUUGAAGGCAAACUCCAAUAAAACAAAAAUAUUAAUUUUUCAAUAAUUUGGCUCUUAAUGCCUAUAUAGUCUACAUUUGCAAAAAAAUGUUUGCAUAUUUUUCAUGUUGUGCUUAAAA